UGAUCUUAUGACAAAGUUCUCAAAUCUGAAACAAACCUGUCCUGAAGACUGGCAGAAGUUUGAAUCCAGUUGGUACUUCCUGUCUACUGUGAAAAAACCCUGGGGGGAGAGCAGACAGGAGUGUCUGAUGAGAGGAGCAGACCUGGUGAUCGUAAACAGUGAUAAGGAACAGGAGUUUCUCUUCAACCUCCACCUGAGCGCCUGGAUUGGUCUGACUGACUCUGUUACUGAGGGGGCCUGGAAGUGGGUGGACGGCACCCCACUGACCACAGGGACAGUGACCCCAACCCACCUCCAGGCUGUGUAAGGGCUUUUUGACCAAGAUGAAGAGUGAUGGAGUGCUGCAUCAGAUUACCUGGCCUCCACAAUCCCCUGACCUCAACCAAAUUGAGAUGUUUUGGGAUGAGUUGGACCACAGAGUGGAGGAAAAGCAGCCAACAAGUGCUCAGCAUAUGUGGGAACUCCUUCAAGACUGUUGGAAAAACAUUCCAGGUGAAGCUGGUUGAGAGAAUGCCAUGGCUGUCGUCUAAUGUAGGGCAGGAGGAGGGCUGUACUUAAUUAAUGUGGUCAGUGUGAAAACGAUGAUUGAUAUCAGACCAGAAAUAUUGUUAGUAAGACUAGCUAAGCAUUGGCACCAAGUGUAGAGUUUGCACAUGUUUUUUUCAGAUUAGUCCGAAAGCAAAGCUAAAACAUUUACAUAUUACCAUAAUGUUGUCUUCUUUCUGUUAACCUAAGUUUAAAUGUUAAUGUGUUAUAGUCUCUAUGGCCAAUACACAGAACACAACACAGUAUCCUCAUAUUUUCUAUUUCAUAGAAGCAAUGCCAUUUCAUUCCAUUUCAUAAUUUCAUAGAAGUAAUACUUCAUUAAUAAACUGUUUAGAGGGAAAAGGACAAAGCUGAAACUGAUACAGUAUUGUGACUGAUUCUAAAGGCUGCCAAUAAUCUAUUGCCACAAAUUAAUUACAGGUGAAAGCAAGAAAGAUAAUGUCAGGUACCAUGUAAAUGUGCUCACAUUUAAUUUCACAAUAUUAAGGAAAAUGUUAAUGUACAUCAAACAUUUGUAGGUAAUGAAAUAAUAAACACAUUUAAACAAA